GAAAAUCCCACCUGGCCAUAGUUCAGAGGGUGAACAACGAGGGCGAGGGAGACCCUUUCUACGAGGUUCUGGGUAUCGUCACCCUGGAGGACGUCAUCGAAGAAAUCAUCAAGUCCGAGAUCCUGGACGAGACUGACCUGUACACUGACAACAAGACGAAGAAGAAAAUCACCCAUCGGGAAAGGAAGCAGGAUUUCUCGGCCUUCAAGCCUACUGACAAUGAAAUGAAGGUUAAAAUAUCACCUCAGCUUCUGCUGGCUACCCUGCGUUUCCUAGCAACAGAGGUUGAGCCGUUUGCACCAUUGCAGAUGUCAGAAAAGAUCCUACUUCGCUUGCUGAAGCACCCGAACGUCAUCCAGGAGCUGAAAUACGAUGACAAGAACAAGCGAGCAGCAGAGCACUACCUCUUUCACAGGAACAAGCCCGUGGAUUAUUUCAUUCUCAUUCUGCAGGGGAAGGUAGAGGUGGAGGCAGGAAAAGAGGGGAUGAAGUUUGAAGCGGGACCGUUUUCCUUCUAUGGGAUGAUGGCUCUGACAGCCUCGCCAGUGCCUCUGUCCCUGUCUCGUACAUUUGCUGUCAGUAGGGCUGAAUCGUUAGCAGGAUCUCCAGAGAAUAAAUCUCCUCCACGGCCGUUUGGACUGAACCACUCAGACUCUCUGAACAGGAGUGAUCGUAUAGACGCCAUCACUCCGACUCUGGGCAGCAGCAACAACCAGCUCAACUCCUUCCUGCAUAUCUACAUGCCAGAUUACUCCGUCAGAGCACGCUCAGACUUGCAAUAUAUAAAGGUAACACGCCAGCAGUACCAGAACGCCGUGAUGGCAUCGCGGAUGGACAAGACUCCCCAGUCGACGGACAGCGAGUUCACCAAGAUCGAGCUCACGCUGACAGAGCUCCACGACGGCGUGGAGACCCCAGCCGUCGUCACCACCACAGCCGGCACCACAAGUACCAAUCCCACCGUGGCCAUCGCUGUGGCCAAUGAGACGUCCCACCUGCUCAACCAGCAGCAGAACUGUGUGGGCCUGAGCCGGAGCAACCACAGCACCCACAACGAGGGACCCAUCUAGCCCCCGCCACGCCCAGGUGGAGACCCAGUUCCUCCACCCUGUCUCGUGGACGCACACGGCAUAGAUGGAGAUGAGGGAAAAGUGGGGAAGCAGAGGCAGGUGGAGUGAGGGUCCUGCUCCAACCUGUAGCCCCCCAGUCAGUCAGCGAGAUCCUUUCACGGAGGGGCAGUGGGGGGGAACGACGGGUGCUGCGUCACCCCGAAAACACCCCCCACCUGAACGCUGUCAGAAUCCCUGCUGUACUCCACCCUCUGAUGGAGGGUGCACUCGGACAGUACCUGUGACUGAGCUUCUAUUUUUUUGGGACAAUCUGAUACUUUCAUAGUGGUGACUUGGACUCGAGGACGACAGAGUGCAUGCACACACAGACACACAACAUAACACAACAAUCGCUGUACUUUCUCCUCAGGCCAAAGACUUUGGUCCCCCUCCCCCCUCCUCUCUUUUUACACUGUAUUUGCACACAAAACACACAAUCAAAUUCACACACACAGAAACAAAUGCGACUCCCCCACCGGCGCAUCUAUCAGGGAGGCUCAGUCGACUGUUGAUCCCAUCAGCAAGGACUCAAACCCAAACACGCAGAGAGCAACGGUUGGUCAAAGACUGCACCAAAAACCGCUUUGAAAGAAACCGUUAAAAAACCACGAACCAAGAAUGUUUUCCUGUAUUUAUUUAUUUUAUAAUAUUGUAUGUAUAUAUGUAUGCGUGGGGACAUGAUAUGACAUAAACUGGCAGACGAGCAUGCAUGAGUGUCAUAUCAAAAAGAAACAUGCUACAUAUAUGGGGAUGAACAUCCAUUCAUGUAUAUGAGGAGGUGAGGGUCUUUUACAGAUACAGUAUGUAUAUUACAGAUCUUGUUAUUUUUACUAUUAUCUUAAAAUCAGGCUUAUGGUACACUAUCUUUUUCACCUUUUAAAAAAAAAAAAAAUCACACUAUUGCCUUUAAAGAGAAAUCAUAUAAUUAAAUAUUUUAACAAAGUGCAAUGAACGGAAAUUUAUUUAAGAGAUGAUUAUGAAUUUAAGAAAAAAAAAAUUCGCUGUAUUAUAAAUUGACGGAUAUAUUUGUAUGUAUGUACUGUAUGUAUAUGUAUAUUUGUUUUUGAAAAAUGCUAAAACUGCAGCCAUCCACAAGCAAAAACUGUCCUUAGUCAGUCUCGCUUUCUCCUUUUGUCUCUUUCAUGUUUUCGCAUCCUUUGACCUCAAACGCGUCUUCUAGUUGUUCACAUGGGAGUCAUGAUGCCUUAACUUGUCACCGCAGCGUAGUUCGGGGGGGGGGGGGGGUAUGUGUGCGUGAAACACGGCAUCUAUGCAUGUGGAGGUAAUGUGUCUUUUAUUUUUGUCAAUUUUACGUAUAAUCAAACUUGAUAAUUGCACAGUAUUAAUGACCUCAUCUAACAUGUUGAGCAUCAUCAACGUCACAAAAAGCAACCUCGACAUUAAACGUGUCCAUGAAUGAUACACAGCUAUGUUUUUUUUUCCCACUGUUUAUGUUUGUGAAUAUUUUUUUUUCUUCUCCUUCUUCUUUUCGUGCAUGUGUGUAGAACAUAGCCUGGUCAUUCAGCUCAUGCAGGCUGUUUUUUUGUUGUUGUUGUUGUUUUUUUGGAAGAGACUUGUACUUGUUUUGGCUCCCGUCAUAUUGUAGAUUAUAAACUAUGCUUAAUAAUUCUUGAGUUAAUUCAGAUCAGAAUCUAAAAUAUUCUUCUCAAAUGGUGGCUGCUAUUAAAGAGAGAUAUUUA